GAAGUGGUUUAAAGGUUCAACGGAUUCCAACAUGUCUUCAUCGCCGGCCGAGGGGGACAACGAUGCGGAAUUCCGGUCACCUGUAGACGACGCGUGGUAUUCGGUGAGUUUGUUGGCCGAGGGGAACAAACUGAGAGUAAGAUUUCUUAACUUUCCCGACAGUCAUGAUGCCGUUUACGAUGCCUUGGAAUUGAACAACGAGGCUAGUCUCAAGGACUUCAAAGGUAGAAUCCGGAAGCUCUCCGCUCAGCUUCAGGACGGAGAGUGUUCCAACGUCCUCCCGGGCACGCUCGUCUGUGCUUCUCACUCAUUCAGUCCAAACGAUGUUCGCUUCUAUGAUGCUGUUGUGGAGGGGGUGCAGCAUAGGAUGCAUUCAUUUGCAAAAGGAGAAGAAGAAUGUUUGUGCAACUUCCUGCUUUGUUGGCAACAUGGCCCUAAUGCUGGGAAGUUGUCAAUGAAAAGUAUUGAGAAUAUCUGUGUUGUCCAGUCUAGUGCAGAGAUAGAACCAAGUUUCACUGCAUUUGUGAAGAUGGUAAAUCAGAAAAUGAACAAUGGAACUUCUAUAUCUUGCUCUUGUUCAGGCAAUGACCUAUGUGCUACCAAUCAUGAUGAUCCACAUCAAGAGAAUGUCAGUCCGAAUGUCAAACAGAAAUCAACUUUUGCUCAGAGAUUAACUGUGAGGAAGGGUCCAAUGUGCUCUCUGAGUGAAGUGCGGCCAUUUGAUGGUUCUUUUCUUGCUCUUCACUGUAAUAAAGACUUAAAUUUCCUAGAAAUUUAAAUGACUUGGCUUUGCUUGAUAAAUGUUUUUUUCUGGCAAGUAGCUUUUGUGGGGUGUCUCCUUUCUCUAAGCACAGAAAAUUGUGUUUCUGUUUACUUGCUGAUUUGCUUUCUACUAGCAUGCAUGUUCUUCUAGCUAAUUAAAAUUUGAAUAGAACUGUUACAUUAAACUUCUGCCUCCCUCUGUAACUUUCCAUCAUUUUGUCUUCAUUGUUUCUGACCUGCUAUUAUGCAUUCUUUCAUAUUUAUUUUGCCACAUCUUACCAUCUACUUUCUUUUUUCUUUAUUUCUUGGAAGACAGGGAAAUGUAGAAAUCUUCAGGAUGAAAAUAGACAAGACACUGACAUAGGAGGGGUGAAAAAAUAUCAUGCUAUUUUAGUCCAAAAUGUUGAGAAAGAAUUGUCCCCAACGACAGUUUUGAAGUUCAUCCACCAGCAAACCUCACUCGCUCCUCAAGUAUAUAUUCUUCCAAGUUUAAAAUGGGAAUCAUUCACAAAGGCUGCUAUUGUUUUGGAUUGUGAAAAAGAUCUGGAGCAGUUGUAUGAUUUUUUACAAAAUCCUAAUCACAUCAUUAUCUCCUCAACUGGAAAGUACGUGCUUC